AUGACCCCGGCUCUCCAGGGAGCCCAUGUUGCCCUGCCGCCUCAGGGAGCCCAAGUUCCACCACCGACCCUGUUAGCCGAAGUUUCCCCGCCGACCCAGGGAGCCCAGGUUCCCCAGGGAGCCAGGGAGCCCCUAUUGCCCCGCCGCUCCAGGGGCCCUGGUUACCCCACCUCCCCAUGGAACCCAUGUUCCCCAGGGAGAAGAGAUUCUCCCGCCUCCCCAUGGAGCCCAGGUUCCCCCGCCGUCCCAUGGAGUCAAGGUUCCCCCGCCAUCUCAAGGACCACAGAUUCCUCCGCCGCUCCAGGCAGCCCAGGUUCCCCCGCCACCUCAGGGAAACCACGUUCACCUGCUACCCCAGGGAGCCAAGGUUCCCCCGCCAUCCAAGGACCACAGAUUCCCCCACCACCCCAGUAA